AUGAACGGCGGUGUAGGUCUGCCAACUGCUAGAGGGAGUGGGACCAACGGUUAUGUCUCUAGGAACACCGCUCAUCUCAAGAUCAGAGACGGUCCACUUUCAGGACCGUAUGGAGGAAGUAGGUAUGGGGAUUACGAUGAACCCAAGGGACCACCCGUACAUCGGGCGCCGGAUCAGGGGAUAUUGGAGCACGAGAGGAAGAGGAGGAUAGAGGUGAAAGUGAUGGAAUUGAGGGAUGAGCUGGAAGAGAAAGGUCUCGACGAAGAUGCAAUUGACGAAGCGUGUGAAGCACUUCGAUCGAAACUCUCUUCCGCCAACUUACCUGGACCUCGAAGUCGUCCUACCGACUCGCAUUCGAUCGCUGCCGCAAAGGAAGCCGAGAUGUCCCGCAUGCAGCGUGCACUGGGUGUAUCAAUCAAUCACGUAGAAGGCAAGGCGUUCCAGCGGGAGACUGAAGAAGAAAGGGCAGCUAGAUUAGCAGAGAGGGAAGAGAGGGAGAGGGCUAGGGUGGAAGCUGCUUUGCAGAGGGAUAGGGAGGCUGAGAAGAGGAAGAAAGAAUGGGAGGAGAAAGAGAGAUUGAGACGAAGGGAGGAAUAUAAGAGACAACAAGAAGCGUUGAAACCGAGAUCAAGGAAUGACUCAUCACCCAGGAGAAGGACAGACGAUUCACCGCCACCUAGGCGAGGAAGGGACAAUUCCCCUCCCAGACGAAGAUACAGAUCACCAUCCGACUCUCGCUCGCCUCCUCCUGCUCGUAGAAGACAAUCCCCGUCCGAUUCCCGAUCUCCCCCUCCCCGACGUCCUCGUUCUCCCUCUGAUUCUCGCUCUCCUCCCCCUCGCCGAAGGGCAUCACCGUCUCCACCUCCUCGAGCUGCUCGACGCUAUAGCUCUUCUCCUCCCCGUGGUAGGCCCUCAGAGUCAAGGUCCCGCUCACCACCACCCAGAAGAGCUAGAUCGCCCGACUCGAGAUCUGUCUCACCACCACCCAGACGCAGAAGGUAUUCAUCGGAUUCAAGGUCGCCCCCGCCCAAGAGGGCGAGAGCUGAUUCAGAGAAUAGCAGGAGCAGAAGCAGGAGUGUGACGCCCAGGAGUGUGAGGAGUCUUACUCCUGAACCUAGUAAGAAGAGGGUUGAAGAGUAUAGUCCGUGA